AUGUUUUCAUUCAACCACUGGCCCAACGGCGCUACUGGGUCAGUCAACCCCAAGCAGCAGCAGAUGAUGUGGGCCAGCAGCGCCACCCACGGCGCUGUCAUGCACCCGGCAGCGUACAGUAAUGUUGCGAAUCACGGUGUCAGGGUGGGCGCUGAGGGCCACAUGCCAGCUCAGUCAUUCUCUCCAGCUUGCGCGAGCGCGAUGCCAACCAACGUGGUCUCUGCGGGGUGUCUGGGUGCCGAUUACCCAGUCGGCUGCGCCGCACCUCGACCCGCUUCCGGCUACUACUACCCACCCUACACAGCGGUCAAGCAGUAUGCAUCGCAGCAACCACCAGCCUCAGGAGUGAUGCCAUGUCAAAUGCCGCCGCCGCAGCACCAGGCUACCGCUCCCAGGGCUGCCUCGCCUGCACUUGUAACUCAGCAGUGCAGCGCGACCGCGUCUCAUCCUGCAUGUGGCGUGCAAAGCCUGUCCACCUCGAUUUCGCUACCCAGAAAGGGACGUGAGAGACCUCGCAGCGGUCGACAUCACCGUGGGGACGACGAGGCUACGGAAACCCCCGCCUCGACAACGCAGCCGCCGACCUCAGUAAGGUACGGUAGUGGUGGCGGCCAUCGUGAGCGACGUCGCCAUCCAGGUAAUCCGCCAGCUGAUGACAGCUGUUCAACUCGCGCUCCGCUGCAGGCGGCAACAGCGACGUUUGGGGAGGUGUUUCUGGAGAGUACGAAUACACCCAACACGUACCGUGCACCCAUUGCUCCUACCGCGGCUGGCAGCGUAGCUCAUGGUGAUGGCAAUGGUGAUGGUUGCGGCCGACGACGACGUCGGCAUCGUCGCGGUGACGGCGGCGGCGGCGAGAGGGGUCGGGACUCCUCACCACGUGUGCCUUCAGACCCGCAAAUCGACGGGAACACGAAGGAGAUGGACAGACAUCGCCACCACCGCCGCGAAGGUCGCGGGCACCGCGACAAGGCCCGCAGCAACGUGGAUCGGUCCGAGUCUGCCUCUCCACGCCCCGCUGGUGACCUCGCCGACAUCUCGUGCCCCCGCCGAUCGAGCAAUCGAUCCAGCCCUCGCAGGGGCAAUCCUCCGAAGAGCACUGCCGUCGCUGCUUCGACAUUAGCGGGAACGGCGGCGCUGUCUCUGAAGCCCAUUCCUGUCACCACCGUCCCUACACCAGCGCCCCAGCCUGUAACGGUGGGCAGCACCCGGAUGGUGACUACCCCCCCACAGCUGGCGAAUCCACCUGCCGCGUCGUCAGCUUACAGUGUUCCCCCGAGCACGCGACCAGUGACAGCAGCAGUGCCAUUACCGCCGUCCGCAGUGCAACCUUCGAACACAUCAAAGGGCAACCGACUCCACCGCCGACACCGCCGCGCCGACUCUCUCUCUUUGUCAAGCUCAGGCGGCAGCACCGACGCGUCUUCGAUCCACGGAUCGUCGUCGUACUCGUCCUCCGUGCUCUCUGGCUCCGUGUCUGCCUCGCGUCCCGCCUUGGCAUCGCCGCGCAACCACCGCCCCUGCUGCCGCCAGCGUCGUAGAGACCGUGGAGGCCGCCGCGGCGGCCACCGAUCGCCACGCUCAGCCUCGCCAUCCUGGGGACCACGACCGCCGUUAGGGCACGCUCUCGGCAAUACCUCCUCCCUGCCCACGGACCACAAUGCCAGCGUCGCCAACGCACCCAAUAAGAAGCGUGGGGGCGGCAUUCUGGGUUUUUUCCGGCGCGAUAAAUCCGCCCCGGCUGAGGUCGACUCGUCUAAAGGUGAAAAUGUCGGAGCGUUGGCCCAGGAGGCGGCCCUGAUGGUGCCGCUCGUGAUGCCGCCGAGGGCACCCUACAGCACACCCAUGGGGUUCUGCGGCACCUCUGUCCCUUUGCGCGAUGUGGCGUCUGAGAUGCAGCAACGCGGGACGAUCAGCCGCUCUGACUCGACGCGGCAGCACCGUCGCGAUCACUCGCAGGGGCACACCCAGCAUCCCCAGUCUGGUAACGGCGCCGUGGAUGCCCACAUUCCUCCGCACCAGGGUAGCAGCAUCAACAGCCCCAUCGCUGACUCUAGACGCGCUGUCAUGCCCUUCAGCAAGAGCAAAGGCUUCUUUGGCGGCCUGUUCCACAAAAAGUCCAAGCCAGACGCGCGCGUAACCGCUGCUGCUGGCGUGCCUACCAACGGCGCAAGCGCCAUCAGCGGUUGUGUAUCCCCGUCGUCGCGCCCUUCGUCGAGGAGGACGCAGAGCAGUCUGGCACCGAAGGCAAGUGCCACUCUACGAUUUGAGGUGCCGCCCACACCACCGAAAAACACGCCUCUCAGUGGUGGGUACGGCGCCGCAUCGAUGAAUGGCACCACGGCAGGCAACCCAGCUCUCAAGUCGAAGCCGGGCCUCUUUGGAGGCUACACGAAGAGGAGUAAGGCAGCUGCAUCGCAGCUGCAGCAGGGGAUCCUUCAGCCGAUGGAGUACCAGUGCCAACCGCAGGCACAGAAGCACCACCAGCAGCAGUGCAACAGGGGCAAUAGAGAGCGCCGCCGACACGAGAACCGUGGCCACGCAUCACCGGUAGACGAACGCGGUGGCCACCGAUCGGGUGGUCGCGGUCGCCGUCACACCCCCUCAACGGACUGCUACUCCUGCUCGGAUGGCGCAGCGUCGGCGCCCUCCAGCAGAAGAUCACCCCCGAAGCGGCGCAGUGGCCACGGUAACAGGAUCAAAAAGGCUGCUCGCGCCCGAGCAACCAACGACAUUUAA